AUGGAUACGGCAGCAUGGUUUUCUGCAGUAGAAUCAGGAAACUUGGCGUAUGUUCUGAAAGCUAUCAAGACGAUGAAGGGUCAGCGGAACGAAAACGGGGCCACGGCGCUCAUGACAGCCACCCGACUUGGUCACAUGCACCUUGUCAUUUUGCUUGCUCAACACGAAGCUGGCUUCGUUGAUAAUACUGGACGCAGCGCUCUUCUUGAGGCGGUUCUACGGCUUAAUCUUUCGUUUGUACGAGUCCUGGGACGGCUAGAAUUCGACCUGCUUCUAGGACAGGAUAAGCGGUACACAGCCCUCGACGUUGCGCUGUCGAUGGAUCCUUUUGAUAAGGGAGUAACGAUGGAGCUCAUCUCCAUCCAGGGCUGCCAGUAUGACUCAUUAGGAAGAUCCAGCCUCCAGGUGAUCUUGAGCUCUCCAAGAAGCGAACUUGCUGUUUCAGCAUUACAAAGCAUUAGGUACUUACCUGACCAACUGACAAACGCUCUGGCUUGGUGUGUUGAGAAGGAGCCCGAUGCUGUAGUGACUAGAGAACUACAGGCUAUACUCCAGUCUUCAGAGAAGCUAUCCUCUCCUGUGUCCAUUGACAAAUUUAACACUACACCUUUAAUAACCGUGCCCCGUAUGUCUUUUUCAGCCUCUCCCAAAGUCGGUCGAUCCUUUUCCACAGAGGUCCCUCGCUCUCGUCAACACACGAAACACACUGACACGUUUGCGGAGAGCAGCUCAACAACUAAUCCCAAUGUCAUCCUAACAACACCUUUGAUUCGAAACCCCCCGGCUCUACCUCCCUUAUCUUUAUUGGUAUCUGCUAAAACGAACACUCGGAUAGCAGAGUUAGAGACCCAGGUAGCAGAGUUAGAGAAAAAAUUAGAAGCAUCCCGAUUGGCUUAUACAAAGCAGACCUCCCAGCUAUUAGAACUAACUCGUAGUUCCAGAGAGAAACCAGAGAUAGUAGAUGCCUAUGUGCAGACCCAGUGUCCCAUUGCUACAGUCUCGGCAAGUUCCCAGACUUGUGUAACCACUUCUGAUGUAUCCACCAUCACAGAAGAAACUGCGAUUGUAUUAUCUACUACUAAAUCUAAACCUAAGUCCGUUGUUUCUACCAGCUAUCAUUCUCCAGAUUGUACUGGCAUGAAGACAACAAGCUUCUAUGGGUCAGAGUCAUCUACUUCACUGGACAUUAGUCCUCAACCUCUCAUGCCAUUUGAUUCUGACGCGUGGUCUUAUGUAGUGGUCACAAUAGAUCACCACUCUGGAGACUAUUCAUUUCAACCUGUAUCUAUGUCUAGCAAUUGCCUUGUCACUCCUUCGACGCCUUCCACAGAGGCUGCCCCUGGUAAUAACCUGAAGUUUGACGACGCCAAUCUGCGUGAUUCUUUAACACCACCAUUCAUAUACGAAGACUCGCUGCACAACGAGCUUGUCACUGCAGUGCUUGCUUACGACUUGGAACGCAUCCGCCAGCUAUCUAGCCUUUAUGGCCAACAGGACCGCUCCGGUAAAACAGCGCUCAUGUAUGCAGCAGAAUUGGGCUAUGCAGAUGCAAUUCCUCUUUUGGCCCCGAAGGAGGCCGGCAUGUUACGGAGCUGCGGGCGAUAUCUACUUCCAGGGACUGCCCUAAUGCAUGCAGUCGUUUGUGGCCAUGAAAAGUGCGCUCAGCUGCUCGUAAACUAUAAGGGUGAGGUAGGAUCCAAGACCAAAUAUGGCUGGACUGCCCUGAUGUUUGCUACUGUCCAAAACUACCUAAACCUCGUGCAGCUUUUGGCGCCCCUAGAGACACGGAUGGUUACGUCAUCAGAUUUCCUGACUGACCAAUAUUGUAAUGGGAACACUGCGCUUCUCAUGGCAGUGAAGCUAAACCACAAUGAGAUUGCGCGUGUAUUGGCCCCCUAUGAAUAUGACAUCAAAGAUAGCAGGGGAUUGUCUGCUGAUUUGUUAUCUAGGGACAGUAGUCUUCGUAGUUAUCUUCGCAGUUUAAGUAGGCCUUCUGAAUGA